UGGUGCUUCCUGGUCGCAGCCGCGGCACAUCAAGGUUGCUGACUUUCCAUGAUGUUUGGUGGUUAUGAGACCAUAGAAGCAUAUGAAGAUGACCUUUAUCGUGAAGAGUCAUCUAGUGAACUGAGUGUUGAUAGUGAGGUGGAAUUUCAGCUCUACAGCCAAGUUCAUUAUGCCCAAGAUCUUGAUAAUGUCAUCAAAGAGGAAGAACAUGAAGAGAAGAACUCUGGGAAUCCUGAAUCAUUCAGUAGUAAACCAAAUCAGAAGAACUUAAUUAUCCUUUCAGAUAGUGAGGUCAUCCAGCUAUCAGAUGGGUCAGAGGUCAUCACACUGUCUGAUGAAGAUAGUAUUUAUAAAUGUAAAAGAAAGAAUUUUAGAGUCCAUGCAGAAGAAAAGACCCAAGGUCCUCCUGCUUUUCUUCAUUCUAAUGAGUUGGCAGAUAAGAAAUGCAAGAGGGAUAUUGAGAAGACGAAAGCUGGAGAGAGAUCAGGUACAAUCCAAGAGGUCAUGAUUAUAGAGGUCAGUUCAAGUGAAGAGGAAGAGAGCACCAUUUCAGAAAGCGAUAAUGUGGAAAGCUGGAUGCUGCUGGGAUGUGAAGUUGAUGAUAAAGAUGACGAUAUCCUUCUCAAUCUUGUGGGGUGUGAAAAGUCUGUUAAUGAAGGAGAAGAUGGUGUAAACUGGUUCAUCAGUGACAAAGACGUUGAGGCACAGAUAGGUAAAAAAAGAACAUCUGGAAGAUGGACCCACCGAUACUAUUCAGUCAACAAAAACGUUACCUGUAGAAAUUGUGACAAAUGUGGCCAUUUGUCAAAAAACUGCCCCUUUCCACAAAAAGUCCGCUCCUGCUGCCUCUGCUCCGAGAGAGGACACCUCCAGUAUGCCUGUCCGGCCCGCUUUUGCUUUGACUGUUCUUUGCCUAUGUCUUCUACUCACAGAUGUCUUGAAAGACCUUCCUGGAGAAAACGGUGUGACAGAUGUGAUAUGAUAGGCCACUAUGCUGAUGCUUGCCCAGAAAUCUGGAGGCAGUAUCACCUAACGACCAAACCUGGACCACCCAAAAAGCCAAAGACCCCUUCUGGACAAUCAGCCUUGGUGUAUUGCUACAACUGCGGACAAGAAGGCCAUUACGGACAUGAAUGUACAGAAAGACGAAUGUUUAACCAGACCUUUCCAACAUCUCCAUUCAUCUACUACUAUGAUGACAAAUACGAAAUCCGGGAGAGAGAUCAGAGAAUAAAACGAAAAGUGAAAGAACUCCAGAAGAAUGGGGACUUUCCAAGGCAGUUCAAGAGGCCUCAUAUGGAAGCAGCAGAUAAGAGGCCCCACUGUGAUAUGAGGAAGAGCCAUGCCUCAUGGAGAAAUAACACAUGGCCUCAAGAAAAGAAAGAAACCCAAAAAGAAGCCAUGAACAGGACCAGCAGAGAGCGUGAGAAGCACAGGAAGGCUGACAGGUGUCAUGAAGUGGAUGAGGACUACCCCAGGGGCCCCAGAGUCCACUCUUCUCCUGGCACUGUCAAAACCCAGAAGCCUCACAAGCCCUUUCACCACUCAUCGCAUUACCACAAGCCAAGAGAAGACAGGCUGCCCAGAGAGGGCAGGAGGGUCAGGCAUAAGAAAAAGGAGAGCUGUUGGGAGGAUGAUGGCAAUGAUAAUUUAUUUCUCAUUAAGCAGAGGAAAAAAAAGUCUAAGCUGUGAGUUAGCUUCUGAUUUGGCUUCCCAGUGUUUGGUCUUCAUGUCUACAACAUCCUGGCAAUAUUUGUAUUAUCUAUGAUUAAAUAAAAUGAGGUUUUUGUUUUUGUUUUUUUAAUCUCAGCCAUACCUAGAGCUACUGAACAAAGUCCUUGGAGAUCUCAGUUCUCUGUGUCCAACAGGUUGUUAGGUAAGAAAACAGAAAGAUAAACUCGGACUUCCCCUGUUCCAGGAUGUCA